AUGGCUGACAUGCUCGAGGCCGUUCUUUUCCUCACCUCGAUCACAUUCAUUAUCGCCGUGGGCCAUUCGGCGAUCCAAGCAACAUGGCUGAAAUUUCCGGAAUGGGAUAGGUAUGCCUUCUAUAGACGGUAUCGCGUUCGAUUGCAGAUCUCGAAUAAAACACCCUCGCUUCACGCUCGAGAAUUAGUCGGCAUGGUCCCGGAUACCAUCCCACUGAUCUCCAACCCGGAACCUUUGGCACAUUCGCGGCAAGAUACAGUGCUAGGGAGUCAGCGAUGGCCAGACUAUGGUGACCCGCGGAGGCCAUCGUAUACGCGCCCGAUACCCAGGAGCAUGAGCACCAGCAUACAUCCGAGUCAACACCCGAAUUUGAACUCCAACCCGGGGCCGUAUCAAGCUGGGCAAGAGUCUUCUCCGUCCACUCAGCCAUACACCAACUUUGGGGCAACCGUUCAUCCUCAUCCUCAUCCAUAUCCUCCUCUCAGUGUUAACGGGGUCAACCAUCCGUUUGAUAGAAUCGCCACACCAGAUACCGUCAGCCACACCCCCAGCCACACCACGUGA